UCCGGUUUUCAAUACACCGACGGAGAAGCCUGUUGAACAUAAAACACGAACCAUGCGCAGUUUUGUUAUUUAAAUGUCCAUCGCAUAUUAGUUCAUUAUACCGUAAUUUACUUAUAGUCUUCAUCUAGCCUUCAUAGGGAAAAGGAAUUGUCUUGCAAGCAACGGUGAUACUUGCGACUGAAUGGGUGUCAACAAAGUCUCGGCUAAGACAGAGGUGUCAAGUGUCACAUCAGAAAUCGAUCAUCUUUUUAUGACAGUGUGCAAUUCCGGUACUUACAGCUGAGACUGUAGCUACACCGGUCCCUUUACUGUGGGAUGGAGAGUGAAGAAAGUGGCGUCUGCACACAGUCUGUCCGGCCGGAGUCCGUCUGCUCGCCCAAGUCUGAGGUUGCCAGUCCAGAUUCUGUUGUCCUUGAGUCUAUUAGUCCUGAGUCAGUUUGUCCAGACUCGGAGAGUCCCCACUCAGGAUCUACCAGCAGUGAAAACUCUAAUUGGCAGUCACGAUGUCAACUUUUAGAAGGGUCCUUGCUCCGUUUUCAGCAACAAGCAACUCGGAUACGAGAAAAUCUUGGACACCAGAUGAGAGACUUGGAGGAGAAGCUGUCAAUGAGUGAAGCUCGGGCCGAGACAGCUGAACAACAGCUUGAGGUGAUGGAGCAGCAGCUGGCGGCCAUGAACUGGAAGCCCUGUGACCUGGAGAAGAGGGUGCAGGACCUGGAGAGAGAGCUACAAGAGAAGGACAAACGGCUACGGGCCAUGCAGCACCAUCUGGAGGAGCAGACUCAGUUGAGACAUCAUGACGCCAGAAUCGUAGAAGCCAAAGCUCUCAAGAUCAAAGAGUGGGUCACGAACAAACUGCAUGAGCUGGAGGAGCAGAACCAUGAGAUCCAGCGUGAGAACGACAUGCUGCAACAACAGGUGGAGCUGCUACGUGAUCGCCUACAGUCUCUCCCUGCACAGGCCGUCAAGGAAAUAUACAGACUCAGCCUUGAGAUGCAGGAGGGAUCCAUCUCCAGAUCUACGUCCAGAGGAUCAGAGCCACCUGAGAUUCCACAGCGUCCUCGCAGCUCCGUGCUGGAAGCCAUGCAUCGAGAGAUGUCCAGCAAACAAAGUAGCUUGGAGGAUGCGGAGGAACACAUUUCUGAAGGAGAGAGUGAGGAAUCCAUGGGGGACAUGGACCAUGAGCAGCUGUACCAGGAGGUGGAUGCAAACCACGAAAGCAUCUACGAACCAAAACGUUUAAAUCCACCUCAGAUCAAAAUUGAACGGAAAAUUCUGCAGAGUGCCCAUUUACUUGAUUCUCUCGUCAGUUCUUGCAAUGGAAGUGAAGAAAUGUUGGAGCGGGCUCGGGUGUCCAUAUCGCAGAUUCAGAAGGAGUUCAACGGACAUGAGGUUGAUGAACAAGAUCUCAUCAUUGCUGAGGAAAUCACUCCGAUCAGUCUCACCCCCAAAACUCCCAUGACCCCCCUCACACCUUUCCUUCCUGAUGCACCGCCAAGCACGCCAACAAAUUUCUUCAGCGUCAACUUUGAUGCUUCGAACAUUUCAGCAAUAGCGACGUUACCCAGAGUGAGAAAGGAGAAGUUGCCAGGGGCCUUCAUUCACUCCGACAACACUGCCAGGGAGUUUAUUCCACACAGGGAGCUGAUCACGGGAGUGGAUAUUCAGGUGCACCAUUUUGCCAAUUCGGAGCCAACGGACAUAGGGGCAGCAGGGAGGAGAUCAGUGACAAUAACCAACAAUGUGCCUAAACAAACAGAACAGACCUCGGGACCUCACACCAAACCAGUUACCUCAGAGAAAAGAAUCUAUGCAGUAGCCAAUAAGCGGACCAAAGGAUGGAGAAAAGUGUCAGAGGUGAAAGAACCUUCCCCAAUAAUGGAGAACCACGCGGCCAACAACUUGUACAGGGACUUCACCGUGCCGGUGUAUGCAACUCUCAAAGGGAAAGCUGCUCAGAUCCGCAGCACACCUUUCAUGGAAGAGACAUCAUCCGAUUCUUCUGAGAAUGAGGAGGAGAUUCCUGUUGCCGUGGUAGCGCCGAGCCAGUCUGCUGCUGGUGUGAGCAGCAUGGCCACCGACACAGUGCAAGUGAAGACCCCCAGUGCCCAGACCACACCCAAACCUGUCAGAAGUGCAUCCUGCCACUCUGCUGCGUCCGAGGUGUCAUGUGACUACGCACUUCCCCCAGAUGACUCCUCGGGCAAGAGUGACUCGGACACGUCAGAACCAGAACAGAAACUGCUCAAAUUUGCUGCAGAUAGUCAGAAACAUGAUACAUUGGAGAAGUGUGGCUACCUGUCAAAGCUGAGUGGCAAGGUGAAGACGUGGAAGCGGCGCUGGUUCACGCUAAGGAACGGGGAACUGUUCUACUACAAGUCACAGCAUGACGUGCUAAGGAAACCACAGGGCUCCAUCAAACUGGACGAACAGACGCGCAUCUCUCGAUCUUCUGCAGAGCUCACUUUCGAAAUAACUAACCCAAAGAAGACCUACUACUUAUCAGCCAACUCCAUAGCAGAAAUGGACAGAUGGAUGCGAUUACUUAACCGAGUAAUCAAGAGACAAGCAACAAGCUAUCUACUGGACAAUAUGGAUGGCAAGGCAGUUGUCAAGGGGUGGAUUACCAAGGUGAAGAACGGAACAACUCGCAGAUGUUGGUGUGUGCUGCUCAGUCGCCACUUUCUCUACUACAAGACGCCAUCAGACAAAACCCCGAUUGGUCAGAUCCAGCUACGAGACGUGAGGUUGGAGGAAAUUGACGGGACAUGUGACUCGGACGAUGAGUCGGAUGUUGCUACCCCGUCGCGUCACGUCAUCGCCAUCUGGCCACCAUGUCAGGGACCAACAUAUCUCGUGAUUCCCACCAAACAGGAAAAGGAUUCCUGGCUGUACCAUCUCACAGUAGCCACAGGGGGAGGGGCCGGCACUGUCGGCACUGAUUUCGAGCAGCUGGUGUCUAAACUCAUGGAGGCAAAUGGAGAUCCAAACUCCGUGAUGUGGAAACAUCCGAUCCUGCUCCACACGAAGGAGCCAAUCAGUCGGCCCAUGACCACGCUGCCUUCCGAGGACUUGCAGGAGAAGGCUGUUGAACUGUUCAAGUCUAUGUACCAGUUCAUCAACACUGUGAUUGAGUCUCCGUCCCUGGAGUUCCACGUCACUCUGGCACAGUCCAUUCUUCACUCCUGCCUAGAACACCCCGAGCUGCAAAAUGAACUCUACUGUCAGCUGAUCAAGCAGACGUCUCGUCACCCCGGACACCACAAAACAGCCAUGCAGAAUCUCCUCCUGUGUGGCAAACAUUCCUGGUUCCUGUGUGACGGGUCUCCCACCUCCCCCACCUCGUCUGUAAUGGACUUGUCCGACUCCAAGAUGAACCCACAGGCCCAUGUUAUUAUGCAGGGGUGGCAGCUUAUGUCUCUGUGUGUGUCCCUCUUCCUUCCCAAACAAAGCGUCAUGUGGCUGCUCAAAGUACAUCUCCAGAGACAUGCAGAUCCCAGAACGGAACCGGGCAAGUAUGCAAUAUUCUGCCAGAGGGCACUGGAGAGAAUUAUUCUGAAGGGUGUGCGUGAGUCGAAGCCGUCGCGGAUGGAGGUGAUGUCCAUGCUGCUGCGGCACCCGUAUCACCAUUCUCAACCAAUCAGUAUUCCAGUUCAUUUUCUCAACGACACAUACCAGGUUGUCAGUUUCGAUGGGUCCACUACAGUACAGGAGUUCCUGGGAUCACUGCACAAGAUGAUCUCCGUGCGAGACUGUAGCCAGUCAGGGUUUGCCCUCUACACGGACGACCCUGCCGGGACCCAGACAGAACACUGCUUACAAACUCAUCUCAAGGUCUGUGAUAUAAUCUCCAAGUGGGAACAAGCCUUUCGUGAUCAUCACUCAGGGAACCUUGACCAGAGCAAGGCCAUCAGAAUACUCUACAAGAAUAGGUUAUAUUUUAGCCGCAAUAGUCGUAGUGAGAUGGAGAAGGAAAAACUCCUGCUGGCUUACCAAGUGAACGAUGAGAUUGUCCAUGGACGCUUCCCCCUCAACCGAGACCUUGCUCUAGAGCUGACCUCACUCAUGGCUCAGGUGGAGUUUGGGGACAUGAGGAUGGAGGCAUCAUCAAGCGGCAGCGCAGCAUCAUCAACAUCAUCCACAGCACAUCAGCACCUCAUCACCGCCGUCACCAAGUUCUACCCAAAGAAAUACCAUGUCACACAACCAGAAGAACAAGCUUCGCUCCUGGAGAGGCUCGCUGAACGCUGGUUGUCACUUCAAGGUCGGACGUCUGCAGACUGUAUCCGUGUGUAUCUCGCUGUGGCCAGGAAGUGGCAGUACUACGGAGCAAAGCUGUUCAGAGCCAAGAUAAAGUGUCCGCCAAGUUCAGAUGAAGACAUCUGGCUAGCUGUGCAGGAGGAUGGUGUCUCAGUUCUCGAACUUGUAUCUAUGCAACCAGUAGCCCUGUACGACUUCAAAUCAAUCAUCACUUUUGGCGGGUGGAAGAACGACUUCAUGGUGGUGGUGAACCAGCUCGUGGAGUCCGCUCCGCACCACUAUGAACACCACACGGAGAAACUCAUCUUUGCCAUGUCACAACCCAAGAUCCUGGAAAUCACUUUGUUGAUUGCGGACUACAUCAAUAUUAAACUUCAGCAGCCUUCACCAGAAGCCAUGAAUGGGGACACAUAGCAGCAGUUAUCUCCCCUUGGACUUAGAGUUACUUCCCCUAGUCAUGUUACCUUUCAAAAGCAAUCUAUUACACUGACACUGCUGAACAUUUGACAGCUUGAUAUUUCAUUGCAGGGAUGUGAUCAUUGAAUGUUACUCAUUUGUUUGACUUGUAUUGUUGAGUUUGGUUCUGUUCUUGACCUAGAUGUGAGUGUACAUUUUCACCCAUGAUACCUCAUGUGAUCUAUUGAAUUGUGUGCGUUAUGUGUUGAUGUGUGUUUCACUGUUAAUCGUGCACGCAACAUCCUUGACCUGUAAUAAUUAUGACAUCACUCUUUAGAAACUGCAACUGACAUGGCUUUCAUAUUGAAUUUUUUUUCACAAUUUUCAUGGAUAGUACCAUAUUUUCUUGAGUAUAGUGCAUACUUUUUUUAAAAAAACACAGCUGUGUAGAAGGGGGUGCGCAUUAUACACGCCAUAAUGAGUUUUAAUGUU